ACGGCAAUUCUCACACACACGCUCAAAAUCCAACGUGGCACGGCAUCUUGAUUUCUGAUCUUCAACACAUCCCUCACGCUCUUAACGUUUCCCUUCCCUCCGGUUCGGUGGCACUGUUUAUUAUUUUUCUUUUGGAACUGGAAGUUGAAACAAGCCGCAUCAGGCAUUAAAUUCCAAUCUUAUCUUUGGAUAUGGAUAUGCUUAUGGAUAUGGAUAGUCCGAUUGAAGCAACCGGCUCAUUAAGUUUAUAUAAUUGUUGUUAUUAGAUGUCUCCUCCUCUUCCAACUACAUUGCCAAGUUGUUAUCGCACCUUUGCUCCGGUAUCCGAUUCUUGUCUUUUAUCUUCUCCGCUUACUAAUCCCCAGAGAUGCCUGUUUAAUCUCACGAUGCGAAUUCCUAAGAGGCCUGUUCAUUUUUGCCUUUCUCUCUUCUAUCCGCCUCCUUUCUUAUCGAGAUUUCCCUUUCAUCGCGCUUUUUCCGGCUCUAAAUUAUCUUUUCAUAACGCUGGUGUUUCCUGGAGCAUAUCUUGGAAGAUUCUUAGGCUCGGAACCUAGCGUGGUGUACUCUGUGCCCUUUGGUUGAUACGUCAGGAACCCAUCAGUUGCACACUUGCAAUUCAAUGGAUAAGGAUCACGGGACUGGUUUAGGUGACCGAAUAUCACAUUUUCAUACCAUGACCAAAACUGAUGGUGGUCAAGAACCAUGUAUAUGGUCAUCUCCUGGAGGAGGAUGUAAGAUUGAUGUAGGGAAACAAAUCUUUUGCAACAGAUCAUUGAAUAUGAAGAACAUUGUUGCUGUUGGCUUUGAUAUGGAUUACACUCUGGCACAAUACAGGCCCGAAACUUUUGAAACCCUUUCAUACAAUGGAACAAUCAGGAAGUUGGUUUAUGAUUUGGGAUAUCCUGAGGAGCUGUUGGAGUGGUCAUUUGAUUGGAAAUACAUGGUCAGGGGCUUGGUUCUUGAUAAAAAGAGAGGCAACAUCUUGAAGAUGGAUCGGCACAAAUAUGUGAAAGUAGCGUAUCAUGGCUUUAGAGAGAUGUCCAAGGAGGAUAAAGUCGAUGCAUAUGGACUUACUCUAAUACGAGAUGCUUUUGAUGAGCCAGACUAUGCUGUCAUUGACACUCUUUUUUCCCUGGCUGAAGCCUUCUUGUUUGCUCAACUUGUUGACUUUAUGGAUAAUAAUCCUGACAAAGUCCCAAAGUUAACUGAUUACGCUCGUAUGUACAAAGAUGUCCGUGCUGCAGUUGAUUUGUGUCAUCGAGAUGGGACCUUAAAGCAAAUGGUUGCCAGGGAUCCAAAAUUGUAUAUCAAUGAGGAUACCUCAAUUGUGCCAAUGCUGGAAAUGCUCAGAGAAUCUGGUCGUUCAACAUUCCUAGUGACAAAUAGUUUAUGGGACUACACAAAUAUUGUGAUGAAUUUUCUCUGUGGAACCCAUAAACUGGAUGGUAGUAGUACUGGCAACUUUGAUUGGCUUAAGUACUUUGAUGUGGUCAUCACUGGCAGUGCCAAACCAGGCUUCUUCCAUGAAGAUAGUCGUGCCAAUCUUUUUGAGGUUGAACCUGAGAGUGGAAUGCUACUUAAUACUGAUAAUGGCACACCUAUGCCUCAGGUGGGAAGUUUUUCACCGAAGUUAUUGCUGAAGGGGGAAAAUAAAACAUGUAGAGUUUUCCAGGGGGGUACUGUUGGUCAUCUACAUAAAUUGCUCUCAAUUGAGUCAAGUUCACAGGUUCUGUAUGUUGGAGAUCAUAUCUAUGGAGAUAUAUUACGCAGCAAAAAGGUUCUUGGUUGGAGAACAAUGCUUGUUGUUCCUGAGCUUGAGAGUGAAGUUAAGUUGCUUUGGGAAUUGAGGGGUAUGCGUAAGCAACUUCGCUUGCUAAGGAAUGAGCGCGAUCUUAUUGAAGAUCAAAUACAUCACUUAAAAUGGUCUUUAAAGUUUGAUGCUAUUAGUGAUGACGAAAAGCAGAACAUAUCUUCUAAAAUAGAUGAAUUAGAGUCUCAAAGGAAUCAAGUGCGACUCACUCAUCAAGAGGCUCAGCGGAAAUGUCACCAGAAGUUUCACAAGAUCUGGGGGCAACUACUGAAGACUGGUUAUCAAAACUCUCGCUUUGCUCAUCAGGUUGAGAGAUUUGCUUGCCUUUAUACUAGCCAAGUGUCCAACUUAAGCUUGUACUCUCCUGACAAAUAUUAUAGACCCGGUGAAGACUUCAUGCCUCAUGAAUUCGAUAUUCUGCCCAUUUGAAAGCGGUUAUCAUCAUGACAAGGGGAGCUUGGAGGAGUUAUCGGUUGUCUAUAUCGAGGAAGCACGAAAAUGAAGAUUUACCGAAAAAAGAAACUGGCUUUUAAAUAUGCCUUUGUGUAGUUUGAACCGUGAUGAUAUCCUGGAUAUAUACAGAGCUCUCAAUUUACAACUCUGCUUCAAUUAGACGGUGGGGAAUUUGAUUAUGCACCGUUUUUCUUUUUUGUAAGACCAAAGUCGAGUCAAUUUUUGGACUGUUUAAAGGAAAUCGUAUUACUAUUUUUUACUACUUAAAUAAAUAGGGAAAAUUAUACAUGA